AUGAAUUUGAAGAACCAGACCAGUGUGUUCGAGUUCCUCCUUCUGGGGAUCUCCAUCCAACCAGAACAGGAGAUUUUCUUCACCCUGUUCCUGAUCAUGUACCUGACCACAGUGCUGGGGAAUCUGCUCAUCAUCCUGCUCAUUAGGCUGGAAUCUCACUUACACACCCCCAUGUACUUCUUCCUCAGCCACUUGGCUUUCUCUGACAUUACCCUUUCAUCUGUUAUAGUUCCCAAGAUGCUCAUGAACAUGCAUAUGAGAAAACAGUCUAUAUCUUAUGCAGGGUGCAUUUCCCAGAUGUAUCUUUUUGUAAUGUUUGGCUGUCUUGACAAUUUUCUUCUUGCUGUAAUGGCAUAUGACAGGUAUGUGGCCAUCUGCCAACCACUCCACUACACCAUCAGCAUGAGGCAGGAAAUGUGUAUCUUAUUAGUUGCUUGUUCCUGGUUCUUCUGUUGUGCCCAUGCUCUAUUGCACACACUCCUCUUGAUCCAAGUGUCCUUCUGUACCCACAAUACCAUCCCUAACUUUUUCUGUGACCUCACUGCUCUCCUGAAAUUGAGCUGCUCAGACACCUCACUCAAUGAGAUGGUCAUCUUCACUGAGGGAGGGAUACUUUUCAUUCUACCUUUGGGUACUAUUUUAGGUUCUUAUAUUCGUAUAGGAACCACAGUUCUGAGGAUUCCCUCCACUAAGAGUGUUUUUAAAGUUUUUUCUACCUGUGGCUCACAUCUUUUUGUGGUAUCUUUAUACUAUGGAACAAUUGCAGGUGUUUAUUUUUUCUCCUCAUUGGGGAAUUCGAUUGACAAAGACAUAAUUGCUUCUGUAAUGUAUACAAUAGUUACUCCCAUGUUGAACCCCUUUAUAUAUAGUCUGAGGAACAGAGAUAUAAAACAGGCCCUAGAAAUGUUUGUCCAUAAGGCUCAUAUCUUUAAGUGA